AAAAAUGUGAGUAUUUUAAACGGAAUACGUUUUGCCUUUCCCGCACAAAGAAGAUACACUCAUUUGCCUCCGAUGAGUGUAGUACAAACGAGCCCUAAUAUCCAGACUGCAAUGAAUUUCACAGUAAUUUCAAAAUUUUGAAAAUCCACAUCCCAAUUCUUAACCAUGUCAGCGCCGACGACUGACGCCGCCGCCGGCACCAGUGAGGACCGUCGGCAAAUCCACAACAACAACAACAACGCAGAGAACUCGGACGGCAGUACCACCAUGGCGAUGCAAAGGAAGCGAGCUCGAAGAGUGAGCUUUGCGGAGAUGACUUCUGUACACUUCUUCGACCGUGAUGAAGAGUACGAAACCCCUCCGAACCUCUCCGGCAAAGCUGAAAAUAACAGUGAACGUGAAGAGGUGAACCUAGGUUUUGAUCAAUUGGUGGAGGAUCCCAAAGAGUCCUGGUUGCGCAACGAGGAUAGAGAAGAUGGAGACGAAGGAAAUGAUGAGGAUGAGGACGAGGAUGUGGAUGAUGAGAUGGCCUUGCCUAGGUCGUUUUUAAGACCUGAGGAAUCACCUUCUCCUGGCAGCAAUUUUGGUUCUGCUACUUCAAAUGACGAAGAUAAUUUUUUCGGCCCAGUAUCUCCCAAUUUUAUAAGGCCAGGCCGGCUAUCAGAUUCAGCAGCGUCAGACGAAAAUCAUGAUAUUACUAUGGAUUCAACAGCUUUCUCCAUGCACUUCCGUAGAUUUGUUAGAUCAGAUUCAGGGAUAGACUUGAAGACCCCUACAGAAGUAUCAUUCGAAGAGAAAACACCGACACAGACCAGUCAGCGUAGUUCCAUGGAACUGACAAUGGCCAAUAAGCCAAUUUCUCAAUCUUCUAUGCCCGUUGCCAAUUUUAGUGGCAUUAGUGAUUCGAGUGACAUGAGUUUGAUUGGAGAAAACUUGCGAAGAUAUGAUUACGGGAGACUCUCUCCUGAUUUAGAAGCUCUUUUAGCAGAAGGCCGAGGGAGAUUGCAUGCAGUUUCUGUUUCAGGAGAUAUCAGUGUUUCAAAGUCACCAACAAGCAAGGAAAUGGAGGUUGGAAGUACAAUGAAGGAUUUAAGUGGAAAUGGAGAACAAGAAGCAAAUGCAGUUGUUAGUCUUAAUAUGCCACUUGAACAUUCAUGCCAGAAAAUCGACACAGAUGAUGGUUAUAAGUUUCUUUCUAGUGUUGAUGGUGAUUCAUCACUUAGAUCCACUGUUCUAGCCCCGGAUAAUUAUGACGAUAGAGUAAACCAGUCACCGAAGCAGUUAAGUAACGAUUUUGGUGAAAAUAAUAAGUCUGUCAAUGAUGCUUCUGUAGUAGAAAAUAGUGAAGCCCUAUGUAGUAACAAUGGUGAGCUUGGUGAAUUUUUUGGGUUCCCAUCUGGUGGGGAAUCUCCGUUGGUGGAUUUAGUGUCCUCUUCACCAGCUAUACAUAGACUAAUUGUCAUGGGUAGUCCUUCACCUGUCAAACAAAAUUUAACGGCAGUGUCUUUCCUGGAAGAUCCCAUUUCCUUUUUGAGCAAUGAAAAGAGAGGACCUUGGACAAGUUCAGCAUCCCUCCAGAAGAGCAUUUCCAAACUUGAGAGGCUUGAGGCUUCUGCACUCUCUUCUUCCAGUGGUGACAGAAUCCCCAAUAUGAGCGUUAGGGCUUUAGAAUUUCCAAAAACACCUCCUUUGGAUUCUAUAUUGAAGAAAAGGAACCUAGAUAUGGGAGUCAAAUGUCUGGAUACCUCUAUGACUUGUACAGAGGAGCAAUUUUCAGGUACUACUAUGAAAGAGGGUGAAAGAAAAACGUUCACCCUGAGUGGUAGUAGGAGUAAGGCUCUUUCAAGCAGUGAAGAUGUAAUUCAAUGUGAACAAUCUUUUGGUCCAGAAAAGCAGGGGAAAUCUCUCAAUCAGCUUGAUGCUGGUAUUCUCCCAAUGGAUCAGCCGUUGAAGCCUGCAGACCCCUUGUCUUCAUCAAGGUUUUCUUUGUCAGGGAAGAAAAAUGACAUGUUUACACCAAAUGACCUCAGGCAGAAGAUAUCACUGAUUUCUAGAACUGAUUCCCCAUUGGUUGAUUAUUCAGGACGGGGGGAAGUGAUUGCUAUUGCUCAAAAAUUGUUUUUUACUCCAGAAAAGUCCUUGCAGUCAAAGUGGACUGAACAUCAAUCUAGCCCCUUUAAAGAAUCAAAGUUGGAUGAUGAACAUCUGAAAAGCUUUGGGCCAGUAAAAAAUGCAUCUUCAAUUAGUAAUGCGACAGAUGGACCAUCUGCGACUGCAACGGCUGGCAACUGGUAUUCUUCAUCCACAUUAACUGAAGAGCAGUCUGGUUCAAUUGUCGAAGGCAGCAAAGUGUUAAGGCAACCAGACAAGACACAUAGCAUAGAAGCUAAACUCCUUGAUCAAACUAAUGAACUGGGAAGCAAUGAGGACUCGAGAAUCUCCAGGGAUGGGAGCUCUCAUCUAUCGUCAGCAAUAUUAGAUGGGAAUAUUCAGUAUGAAACAGGCCUCCCUAAACCUGAAAUUGAUCCCCGAGAGCGAAAUCAGUCUUCUUUUGCUUGUGCUGCUUCUUCCUCUAUUCAGAAUUUAGAAUUGUGGGUAGUUGAAAAGACUCCCGUAAGAAGGUCUUCACGAAGUCCAUCAGCAAAGGGGCUUCACUCGCUGCCGCAAUCCAACUCUACAUGUUUCUCGAUAGACAGAGUGAUGCAAUCUCCUAGAUCCAAUCAAUCUAUUGGCAGACCUAGAAACUCUUCUGCUCAUAAAAGAAACAGUGAAGAGUUGACAUCUGGAGAUAUGGAACACACAAAUGAAAGUAUCACGUCUCAUAGGAGCCCAAAACUCCAGAGAGGGGUUGGUUAUUAUUCAGGAACUUCGGGAAAUCCUGAUGAUAGUGGAAAAGAAAUGCACAGAGUUCAUGAUGAACUCAGACAGUGGAAAGAUAUUAAUUCCAAAUUUAUGAAGGCAGAUGAGUGGAUAUCUUUGCCUAAAGAGAGGCUUACUAUGCCAGCGAUUGAAAUGGUGGAAGACAUUGUCACCCGGAUGCAGAAGGCAAAGACAUACGAUAUUUUGCACAGUCAAAUUCUCACUCAGAAAACGUCAGUUUCCAAUUUUCAGGGGAAAAGAGCUGUUGAAGCAAUAAUGUUGUUAUGUCAGCUUGUACAUGAGAAAGCAAAGUUUCACUUGAGGCUUGUGAAGAAGGAGAAACUGCUGGAAAAAUGUCAACUCUUGAAUUCUGGAAUUCAGAAGUCUCAAAUGUCAAAGAUCAAUCAUUCACUUCAUAAUUCUGUAACUGUAUCAAGAGGCACCCAGGGUGAUAUAAUUUCUAGUGAGAGCUCAUCAGCCUGUGACAGGGCUCUGCAGGAGGUGCCUCAUAAUAAAGUGUCCACUAUCAAGGAGGCUUUGGAAAUUUCAGAAAGAAAAGUUGCAACUUUGACUGGAUCUUUGCAUUCUUCCUUGAAACUUAAGGGGGAACCAAAUUGUGCCGAUACUAUCAUUUCCGUUAAGGAACAACUAAUGAGGAGAUCGUGUUGUAGAUUCCUACGUCAAGAUUUGCAGAUGUGUGUCAUUCAGAAUGUGAGGAAAGGGAAUGGCCAUUACGAUGUCAUCCUCAACUAUCUUGAUUUACUGGUUCAAAGUUUGAAGGUGACUGUUGGUCCAGACCCAAAUAUCAUCAUCUCUAACAAUUUGAAUGAUGUACUAAUCACAAAGAAUUUCCCAAAUAUCAAUGCUUGUGCUGCAUUGAGAUUUGUGUUAAAGGCUGAGAUUUCAAAAAAAUUUGGUGCUAGGACUCCGGCGCAAGAAAUGCAGGUUACCCGUUCCCUUUUAGGCAACUCCCUUGAUGUGGUCGCAGAGGUGCAAAAGGCACAAACACAGUUCCGUAACUUGGCUGAUAUUACCUUUUCCGCUCCAACUGUUGAGAAACUUGAGUUGCAGCUUCAUUUUAUGAAUUUUACUACUGGCAAGAAGGUGAAGCUGACACUAGACGUAUCAUGCUUGAAUAGAGGAGUCUAUCCUUCAGAAGUUGUUCCAUCCCAGUUUGCAGCUCUAGCUGUUCCCGCGAAACAUUCUGAUGAUCCACUACUUGGUGAAAUUAGAGAUGCUGUCAAAAGCCUUAGAUCUGGAUACAUGAGGAUUAUACGGUUAUGUGAUUGUAUUUCGCAGGUGGUUCAAGUCUCAGGUGGAUAACUUAAGCAGAACGGAAAAAUUAAACAACUUGGAUGAAUGGACUCUUAUUGGGGCUGCCACUGCAUGGAAGGCAUACAAACUUACCCUUGCAUGCUGCUAUAGUUGUCAAAUGCAGAGUGUCACAAUUCUCGCAGGUCCUCUACUGUGGUGACAAUCGCAUCAUAUGUUGAAUGAUAGGGCGAGACUAUAGCUGAAUGUAUAACUUGUUUCCUUUGAUGCUGAAGUAUUGUCCUCGGGGCAUUCUCCCAGGUCUGUUUUUUUCUCCAAACCCUUCUUAUUUUCUUGUUUUCCUUUCUGUGGACGAGGGGUCUAAAAUGUAGAACUAGAAUGAUCAGUGUGUACUUUAAUGAAGUAAUAUAAGUUGCGAGGCUAGCUGCAUUUUACUCAUGCACAUGUCUCCCUAAUGAAAGUGUGAAAA